UAAUGUUUCACAGACCGAGAGUUGCCCCUUCAUAAACAAUGAAAUGAAAAGAUUUCUUGCAGAGUUGCAACGUUAUAUUUAGGAAACUGGAUGUGUCUCUUCUGUUUGCUCUUGCUCAGUAUCACUGAAACAAAUAUUGCACUGUACAGCAUUCUCAAACACAUCGGGUUAAGAGCUACAGGAAACCAUGUCAGUGAACUUGGUUUAAAUAAGAAUCACAUAGAGUUGAGUGAUAUCAAACAAGCAGCGACUGCGUCGGUUAUUCUUUUGUUGCUCAAAAAGUAAAUGUCCGCGAUUGUGAGAAGUCACUGCUCCUACAGUACAUACUUUCACUUUUGGUUGCUGAACUAAAGCGUAACAGACCACGAGUAGGACACAGAAGAGAUGAUGGAUGAGAGAACAGCACUUCUUAAAGAUGGACCGGCUUCUUCUACAAGCAAUAGCAAGCUGUUCCUGGCUGUGUUUUCUGCAGUACUGGGAAACUUCACGUUUGGCUAUGCAUUAGUAUACCCCUCCCCCGUUAUUCCCUACCUCGAGGUCGAUGACAACCCCAAUCUCAGGAUGGACACCUCACACAUCUCCUGGUUCGGGUCAGUCUUCUCACUUGGUGCUGCAGCUGGGGGUCUUGGGGCCAUGUUUCUGAAUGACAAGAUGGGCAGAAAGCUGAGCAUCAUGAUGUCUGCAGUGCCGGCCACCAUAGGGUACCUGCUGAUGGGGUCAGCACAGGCCGUGUGGAUGCUCUACCUGGGACGCGUCCUGACGGGCAUCGCGAGUGGAAUGACGGCUGCCUCCAUUCCUGUUUAUGUGUCAGAGAUUUCCAGCCCAGCUGUGAGGGGAAUAUUGGGAUCCUGUCCACAGAUUACAGCAGUUUUUGGGUCCCUCACUCUUUACAUUUUGGGUUUUCUGUUGCCAUGGCGAUGGCUGGCCAUUGCUGGGGAGGUACCAGUCAUUGUCAUGCUUGUGCUGCUCUGUUUCAUGCCUGACUCGCCUCGAUAUCUCAUUGCCAAAGGCAGAAAGGAGGAGGCACGCAAGGCCCUCUCAUGGCUUCGGGGCAGUUGCUCUGAAUUUAUGCCUGAGUUCAACAGAAUUGAGAGAAGUAUUGCUACUCAGGGUAGCAUCACCUGGUCAGACCUGGCCAAGCCUUGCUAUUAUAAGCCAAUCUUAAUCUCCACGACAAUGAGGUUCCUCCAACAAAUGACUGGCAUCACUCCAAUCCUGGUUUAUCUAGAACCUAUCUUUCUAAGAACCAGGAUCACCUUGGAGCCCAAAUAUGAUGCUGCUAUGGUGGGAGCCGUACGCCUCCUUUCUGUUAUGACUGCUGCUACGUUAAUGGACAGGGCUGGUAGGAAGCGACUCCUCUUCACCUCAGGCUUCCUGAUGUUUCUUGCUAGCCAGUGUAUGAGUCUGUACACACACACCGGAAGCUGUCCCUUUGUGAAUAUCACGACCUCAUCUACUCAUCUCAGUGUUCAGCAACCUCCUGACUUCCUGCGGAGUCUACAGUUUGACCCAGUUACCCUCAUCCCACUGUUAAGCACGAUGAUCAUUAUAUUCGGUUACGCCAUGGGAUGGGGUCCUAUCACGUGGCUUCUGAUGUCAGAAAUCCUGCCUCUAGGUGCCCGGGGUAAGGCAUCUGGCCUAUGUGUUGGAGUUAGCUGGGUCACCGCCUUCGUCUUGACCCAGGUCUUCAUGCAUGUGGUGGAAAACUUUGGCCUUUUUGUGCCUUUCACUUUUUUUUCUGUGGUGUCAGUGAUCAACAUACUUUUCACAGCUUUGUGCGUCCCAGAGACAAAGGGACGGACUCUGGAGGAGAUUGAGAACUAUUUUCGCACUGGACGCACUUUUACCAUUAUUGAAAACUGAUGUUCUUUAGACGGGUUUCCAAACAGUUUGCUGACUUCACAGACUUGCCUGGCACUUUGUAAAUGCCUACAAAGACAAACUGACCACUUCCUCAAUUAAAUAGGAAGUUCAGAAGAUGUAAAUGUUAAAACCAGGGGAUGGUGCAAGAAUUUGUGUCUAUUUUUGUUUUCCACUAAUAUACUAUAUGACUUGCGUACAUAUUUUUAAACAGUGAGUUAUUGUCAGCAUUUGAAGAGAACACAGAAGACAUAGAGAUAGAAAUGCAUUUUUACACCUUAUGCGGGAUCCAUGGGAAAAUGAAAAUUAAGUGUUAUUAAUUUAAUGGAUGACAGCAACUGGAAAAAAGCUUGGAAAACCAACCAUGCAAAGACACAAACAAAUGCAUUUGUUGUGCCAAACGACGAAUGUUACAGGUGAGACCUAUGGGAAAAUCUGUUAAUCUACACGUGAACAAAUGGGCUAUCCUACAAAGUAAAUACACAUACAGGCAGUCCCCAGGUUAAGAACUCGUACUUUUGAACAAACUGCUAUAAAGCCUAUUCUAUUAAAGAUUUCAGUUAAAUACAGUAAUUCCUAAUAACAAAUUUGUGACAAAAACAUUGCAUGGCUUCACCCACUAAUAAACUCAAGAUACAGUA